AUGAGACGCAGCCGCUCUCCGAGUGCGCCCACGCACUACCGGGUGACGGGGCAUCACAAUGGCAAUGGCGCUGCGUCUGACCCAGUUUCGCUCAUCCGGUCGUUCAACGUCGAAAAUAAUCCUACUCGCCCCAUGCGACCGUCUCCGCUUACCGCCUCUACGAUCCGAGAUAUGCCAUUGGACCUGGUAGACCGCAUUCGAAGCUUUCCCCUCUUUCUCUCCGCCUCGGAAGAGUUUUUAGUGGCGAUUGGCAAUCACUUGAAGCCGCAGGUACACGGACACAACGACCACAUCAUUACGGAGGGGGACGACGCAAAGGCCAUGUAUUGGCUGGUGCGGGGCGUUGUCGCAGUCACAUCUCGAGACGGCGAGGCCGUUUACGCAGAGCUCAAAGCGGGUGCCUUCUUUGGAGAAAUUGGUGUGCUCAUGGAUAUGCCCAGGACCGCCACCAUCGUCGCCCGAACCAAGUGCCUUCUGCUGGUGCUGAAAAAAGAAGAUCUGCAGACAGUCAUGCCGAAAUUCCCAGAGAUGGAAAAGGCCAUCCGACAGGAAGCGCAAGAGAGACUGAGUGUACUAAAGAAAAAGCGAACAGAACGUGGCGCGACCCUAAAAUCUCCGAAGAGCGAUUUCGUUCCGCGCCCAAAGACCACGGGCGAAGUGUCAACUGGAGAGACUGGUGCAAUCAAGGACGGGGCAGUGAUCAAGUCCAAGAAGCGCAAAUCUCCAAGUCCUAGUAUAAUCGAAGACCCAGCCCUCGGUAGCGCCCUUGGCAGCGGCUUUGUCAACAUUCGAAAGACUCUCACGGAACUUCCUCUCUUCACCUCUCUCCCGCCGGAUAUUCUUCACUUUCUGGGGUUGAGUGUUCAGCCAAAGACGUACCCUCCGUUCACCGACAUAAUAUGUCAGGGCACUCAAGGUCAUGAGAUCUUUUUUGUGGUGCGAGGCGAAGCAGAAGUAAUUCAUCAGCAACCCAAGACGAAUAAGGAGGCAGAGAGCCUGACCAGAUCGAUUCAAAAAAGACCGCGGCUAAAAACAGGACAAUAUUUUGGAGAAGUCGCGAGCUUGGGCUUGUCUAGUGGACGGACGGCGACAGUUAGGUCGAUUACCACGGUAGAAUGUUUAAUGAUACCGGGUGAGACGCUGGAUGAGCUGUGGUCUCGCUGUUCCCCGGACAUCAAAUUGCAGGUCGAGCAGACAGCAUGGCACCGAUACAACUACCGCGAUGAAGAUGUCGAUAUGACCGACGCGGGCCAACAAGAGAAGACGAGCAAGUCAGACCCCCCGACUCCGAUACUCGCCCGACUCAGUCUGCCCGAUGUCGAGUUUGGAGCACCCCUCAAGCGCAUAUCCUCGACUGCUAGAGACGACUCAGACACCAUGGAACCCAAGGAUCCCGAUCCGUUUCUGAGUGUUGACAUGGAGAAUUUGAAGAACCGGAGGCGUCUAUCGAUUGCGCCGCCGACUGCUCAGACUGAGGCGUCCCCGACAACGCCUAUUCGGCAGAACGGAGCUCGGUCUUCUACCCCGGAGUUGUCGUCUCCCGUAGCCUUUACCAUGCCAGACUUUGAAUUUGAUAUGCCCGCAAAACGAGCCAAAACACUGUCUCAUAGACCGGUCUCUCUUCAACAAUCAACCAUUUCGGACAGUAUACUGGUCAAUAUAUUUCAAUAUGCCGACGUGGGCGAGCUUUUGAGGCUACGACAGGUCAGUUCGCGUUGGAAGUCUCUUGUCUCUACAUCGCCAAAGCUCUGUAGAUAUGUCGACCUCUCAUACUACAACAGGAGAGUUACUGAUCAGAUCAUCACCGAUGUGCUUGCGCCUUUCAUCGGGACUCGAGCACUUGUUAUGGAUCUGAAUAACUGCUUUCACAUCACUGACGAGGGGUUCUCCGUGUUAUGGCGGACUUGUGGCAAGAAUGUGCAAAAAUGGAAGAUGCGCUCGCUCUGGGAUGUAUCAGCGAACCAAAUUCUAGAAAUGAGCGAAAAUGCCAAGGGUCUUGAAGAGGUCGACUGGAGCAACUGCCGAAAGGUCGGAGACAAUCUACUUGGUCGAGUUGUCGGAUGGGUUGUCCCAGAGCCUCCCCCAGCGAGUAGCAAAAUCGUGAUAUCAAAUUCAGCCAAGGGAGCAAAAGGGGGAAAGGGUGCCAAGGCAAAAGAAAAGACUGGCCAGCAAUCUCCUCCCACACCCGCGCCAGGCACCGUGAUUGGCUGCCCUAAGCUGAAAACGCUCAAUCUUUCAUAUUGCAAGCACAUUACGGAUCGAUCGAUGGGCCAUCUUGCUGCUCACGCCUCGAGUCGCCUGCAGUCUUUGUCUCUUACGCGCUGCACAUCAAUUACAGACGCUGGCUUUCAGUCGUGGGCUCAGUUCAAAUUUGAGAAGCUGACGCAGCUUUGCCUGGCGGACUGUACCUACCUGUCUGAUAAUGCCAUUGUUGCGCUGGUCAACGCGGCCAAGCACUUGACUCACCUCGAUCUGUCGUUCUGCUGUGCACUUUCGGACACGGCUACAGAGGUCGUUGCCCUUGGAUUGCCCAAAUUGCGCGAGUUACGGCUGGCCUUUUGCGGUAGUGCUGUGAGUGACAGUAGUUUGGAGAGCGUCGCCUUGCACCUCAACGAACUUGAGGGCCUCAGUGUUCGAGGAUGCGUGCGUGUAACAGGCAAGGGCCUAGAAUACAUCCUCAGGGGCUGCACGCGCUUGAACUGGGUUGAUGUAAGCCAAUGUCGCAACUUGGAACCGUGGCUGCGAGCUGGCAGUGUGUCAAAAUGGGGGUUUGACAGCCGAGCUUCAAAAUCAGAGUCGCCAUCAGUGAAUAGCUGGCCCACAACGGCAUUCGACAGUGUGCUUGGAGACCUGCCAACGCCAAGGACAAUGAGCGUCGCAAUGCUCACUACGCCAAGCUUCUUUCCAAGGUCUGGUGCUUCGCUGCUAGGCAGGAAGACGAGGCAGCCUGUGAAGUUUGUGAUUGAAAAGGGGCUUGAUGGGCUCAGAUGA